AUGAUAAAUCUCUACAAGAUUCCUUUAAAUCAAAGGAGGCGUAGCGGUGGGCUUCCAAGAACAAAUUACAGUUGCAGAAAAUUAGUGAUUCCAAUACUAAACGUGAUGAGUGAGAGGACGCGGAUUACCUAUUCACGUAGAGCUGUGUCUAAGAACAGUGAGAUCAAGAAAGAUGAACAAACAGUCAUAGAAAAGGAAGAUGACACUGAAAGCACAUUGGAGAUAGAGCGAAUCAGAGGUGACCCUAGUAUGCUCCAAUCCAUGACAGUGAAAGAACUCAAGGAACUCACAAGGAGGAUGGGAGUUGCUGCGAGAGGUAACAAGAAAGAUUUGGUAUCAGCUCUGAUGGAAUCUCUGGGUGAGGAAGUAAUUGGUAAAGAGGGAGCAUCAACCAUUGAGCAGAUUGGCCCAUCAGAAGUACCUUCAAAAAGAAAAGGUGCCGCUUCAGUAGUGGUUGAACAAAAGCUAGAAACUUCUGAAGUUAUUUCCGCAACUCCUAGCAAGAGAAGUAGAACCAAGCAGAAAUCAAUUAAGGGCACCACUCCGGAGGAGAACCCUGUGACUACUGUCAAGAUAAAUAAAACAUCACACAAGAAGGAAACAGUUGUUGCCAAUGGUGCUAUUGCAAAGGCGGGGUUGGGUCUUAAUGUGGAUGGUGCAGAGCCUUGGACUGUACUUGUACACAAGAAGCCACAGGCUGAGUGGAUUCCAUACAAUCCUAAGGUCAUGAGGCCUCCACCCCUUAGCAAGGAUACAAGGGCGCUAAAGAUUCUAUCAUGGAAUGUCAAUGGACUGAAAGCUCUAGAGAAAGAUGUUGACGUCAUCAAGGAAAGUCUACUUGAAGGGUAUACCAAUAGUUUCUGGACAUGUAGUGUGUCAAAGCUUGGCUAUUCAGGGACUGCCAUAAUUUCACGGGUGAAACCACUUUCUAUCAAGUAUGGGCUUGGUGUACCAGACCAUGAUACAGAAGGGAGGAUUGUGACGGUGGAAUUUGAUGAUUUUUACUUGCUAACCGCUUAUGUGCCGAAUUCCGGUGAUGGUCUCAAAAGAUUGACUUACAGAGUCACAGAGUGGGAUCCAUGCCUUGGUAACUACAUGAAAGGUUGGUGUGUUGUCCUGUACAUUUGCACAUACCAAAUCUUAGUAAUAGCUAUAAAGUGCUUUGCUAGAACUUUGGAGGAAUUGGAAAAAUCGAAACCUGUCAUACUAACUGGUGAUCUUAACUGUGCGCAUCAGGAGAUUGAUAUACAUGAUCCUGCUGGAAAUAGUAGAAGUGCCGGCUUCACAAAAGAAGAAAGGAAAUCGUUCGAGACUAAUUUUCUGUCCAAAGGGUUCGUGGAUACGUUUCGGAAACAGCACCCUGAUGUUGUUGGAUAUAGCUACUGGGGUUAUAGGCAUAAUUGCCGGAAGACUAAUAGAGUUGACAAAUUUUGCUACAUGUUUGAUCAUCCCAAUGAGCCUCACUUGUUUCGUCAUGUGGGAGGAAAGUAUGCUCAUGGUUUUAACAUGUCGUCUUUGUCUGUUGGCGGAUGCGCAGGUUGGCGCCUGGAUUACUUCCUCGUGUCGGAGUCCAUCGCAGAAAGAGUCCACGACUCAUACAUCCUCCCAGACGUUUCUGCCAGUGACCACAGCCCACUCGGCCUCAUACUGAAGCUCUAG